GUACAUGCGGCAACGCUGUGCAGCUACUAUUAUUUGACACUAGAGCCACUAGUAAUCGAAAUAGUAAUCUUACUCGUGGACUUUUCUCAAUUUUCCGCAAUUUUCAAUUGAAAUUUAAUAACUAUCGGUAUUGAAAAACCUAAAAGAUGUAUGCCGAAGAAUUUGAGGAUUACGAGUAUGAAGCCGAUGCCUAUGAGCCAACCGGGGAUCCACGGCUUGAUGCUGAAAAUGAACGAUACACUAGCUAUGGAAGUGCUCCCCAAUAUGCUCAAUAUAGCAUGCCGGAUGUGAUCAAGAAAUUCAUUAUUUAUUUUCGAGAGAUGGUAAACUCUGGAAAGUUGUAUGAAAUUCAGAAUGUCUACGAGAACACAUUUCCAAAAUUAACUGAAGAGCACUUCAAAUCAUCCCCUUGGCCUGAUGCAGAUGAAGUUUCCCCAUUAGUGGAUGAUGAUCAACCGUUUCUGAUUCUCUACAAGGAACUUUACUAUCGCCACAUUUAUGCACGAAUCCAAGGAGGACCAACAAUUGAACAACGUUUUGAGUCUUACUACAACUACUGUCAACUUUUCAACCAUAUUUUGAGUGCUAAAAGUCCAGUUGUUUUGGAGCUUCCUCAUCAAUGGCUGUGGGAAAUAAUUGAUGAAUUUGUCUACCAGUUCCAGUCUUUUGCUCUUUUUCGUUGUUCUCUUCAUAAGAAAUCAGCUGAAGAACUUGAAUUCAUCAGAAUCAACCCAACUUUGUGGAACAUUCAUUCUGUAUUGAAUGUGUUGUAUUCUUUGGUUGACAAAUCCAAUAUCAACCAACAAUUGGAAGUAUACGCCAAAGGUGAUGAUCCCGAUACCGUAGCAGGAGAAUUUGGCCGCCGACCUCUUUAUAAAAUGUUGGGUUACUUCAGUCUUGUUGGAUUACUGAGACUCCACUCAUUAUUAGGAGAUUUCUAUCAAGCUGUUAAGGUUCUUGAAAAUAUGGAACUCAAUAAAAAGACUCUGUACUCCAGAGUACCUGCCUGCCAAAUCUCAACUUACUAUUAUGUUGGUUUUGCUUAUUUGAUGAUGAGGCGGUAUGCUGAUGCUAUUCGGACGUUUUCCCAUAUUCUACUCUACGUCCAGCGCACUAAGCCAUUAUACCAGGCUAAAACAUACCAAAAUGACCAGAUCAACAAACAAACCGAAAAAAUGUACGUUCUACUGUCGGUGUGCCUCGUUCUUCAUCCUCAGCGCAUCGACGAAUCUCUACAGGCGAUCCUGCGAGAGAAACCUCAUGCCGAACGCAUCGUGCGGAUGCAAAAGGGAGAACUUCAAGAAUUCGAAAAUGCAUUCGCUUUCGCUUCUCCGAAAUUUUUGUCUCCUGUUCCACCUCCUGUCGAAGCACCACCUGCCGAUCAUCGCCGUGAACCAUUUCAACAGUUGGCAAAAGUUUUCAUGGAUGAAGUACAACAGCAACUUACUUUGCCAACGAUUCGCAGUUAUCUACGUUUGUACACUACUAUGCCUGUCGCCAAAAUGGCUGCGUUUUUGGAAAUGCCCGAUACUGAUUUCCGCACCCAUCUGCUAUGCUUCAAACAUAAGAUGAAGAACGUCGUUUGGACUAAAGGCACCUCUGGAUUGGACGGUGAACUCCAAUCAGGCUCUGAGGUGGACUUCUAUAUCGAUGGCGGAAUGAUCCAUAUUGCUGACACGAAAGUAGCUCGGCGCUAUGGUGAUUACUUCAUUAGACAAAUCCAUAAAUUCGAGGAAAUUAACCGCGUAUUGAAGACACAAAAAGUUUAAAAAUCCGAUGCUUUACCUCCUUUAAAUAUGUUUUACAUCUUAUUGGUUUUUCAAAGGCAAAAUACAUAACAUGGAGGAAGUUA